UCAAAUAAUUUCUCCAACUUACACCCGUAGAUCAAUCUCUCUCUCUCUCACACAGCCUCUCAUAUCAUAACCAAUCAAACUUCAGCCUCUCAUAUCACAUCCAAUCAAACUUCAAUUAUUUCUUUCUCAUAGCCACUCAUCUUUUUACCUUAGAAAAGCGAGUCUUUCACAUAUAGUCCAUCAAACUUCGUAUUGAGUAUUAGUUGUGAAACAAAAAUGGUGUCGGUUGUUGAUCUUCCUCUGCAUCGUUCAUCAAUUUUCUUCAUCAUCUUCACAUGGUUUCUCUUCAUUCAUCAUGUGAGAUCAACAGCAGUGGAGAGAUCCACGUACAUCAUCCACAUGGACAAGUCUCUCAUGCCCAAAGCUUUCACUACUCACCACCACUGGUACUCCUCCACCGUCGAUUCCUUAAAGCAAUCGGGUCCGACCACCACAACAAACAUGUCAAACUCAAUAUCACCACCAUCACCCAGUGUAAUCUACACCUACGACAAUGUUGCACAUGGUUUUUGUGCACUUCUCUCUCAAAACGAACUAGAAGCUGUAAAAAAAUCACUAGGGUUUGUCUCGGCUUACAAUGAUAGAGAACUCAAACUUCGUACCACUCACACCCCUGAGUUUCUCUCCCUCAAUCCUUCAUCGGGGCUAUGGCCGGCUUCGAAUUACGGCAAAGACGUGAUCGUCGGUGUUGUCGACAGCGGAGUGUGGCCGGAGAGCUUAAGCUUCAAAGAUGAUGGUAUGACGUCACCAAUUCCAUCCAAGUGGAAGGGAACCUGCGAGGUUGGACAAGAAUUCAAUGCCUCCAUGUGUAACUCAAAGCUUAUUGGAGCUAGAUACUUCAACAAAGGUCUGAUUGCUAGUAAGCCUCAUAUUAAGAUCAGCAUGAAGUCGGCUAGGGACACUGGGGGCCAUGGUACUCACACUGCAUCAACAGCUGCUGGGAAUUUCGUCGAAAGCGUAUCGUUCUUCGGCUAUGCAGAGGGCACGGCGAGAGGUCUCGCACCACGUGCUAGAUUGGCUGUUUACAAGGUCAAUUGGAAUGAAGGAUUCAAAUCAUCUGAUUUACUUGCUGGUAUAGACCAGGCAGUUGCCGAUGGGGUCGAUAUAUUGUCACUCUCGUUUGGUUUCGACUAUGACCUUCCUUUCUAUGAGAAUACUAUUGCAAUAGCUUGUUUUAGUGCCAUGGAAAAAGGUGUGUUUGUUGCUCAUGCAGGAGGAAACACUGGUCCGGAUAUUUUGAGCUUGUAUGAUUCAAUUCCAUGGACCACGACAGUUGCUGCAAGUAGCAUUGAUCGUUCGUUCGCUGGAACAGUAACUUUGGGAAAUGGGUUAACGAUCACUGGAUGGUCUGUGUUCCCUGCAAGUGCCUUAGUGGAAAAGUUACCAUUAUUUUACAAUAAAACCGUAGCUUUCUGUAAUUCAACUGAGUUGCUAGCUCAAGUUGCUUCUUCCAUUAUAAUAUGUGAAGGCAUUGGUGACGUUUCGUCUCGAUUACAACUUAUCUCUAGCCUCAAUGUUCCUGCUGCUAUAUUCAUAUCCGAUGAAAUUUUUGAGACGUCGGCAUAUUUUCCAUGGCCUGGUGUGGUGAUAAGCACAAAGGAUGGACAUGCUGUGAUCAAAUAUGCAAAAUCUAAACAUAAUCCUUUGGCUAGCAUGAAGUUCAAACAGACCGUGUUAGGAACAAAGCCUGCACCAGUUGUAGCUUCAUAUUCCUCAAGAGGUCCUUCCAGAACUUAUACUGGACUCUUGAAGCCGGAUUUAAUGGCUCCUGGGUCACAUGUCUUGGCCGCUUGGAUACCCAUUGUAUCUUCAGCAACGAUUGGGUUUGGUAUAAGCUUGUCCAGUGACUACAAAAUUGACUCUGGAACCUCGAUGGCUUGUCCUCAUGUUGCUGGUGUGGCUGCACUCUUAAAAGGUGCACACCCUGAAUGGAGUCCCGCUGCCAUUCGAUCUGCCAUGAUGACCACUGCAAGCCCAAUUGAUAAUACUGAUAAUCUUAUCCAAGACUAUGGACAAAAUAAUACAUUUGCUUCACCGCUAGCCAUGGGUUCAGGUCAAAUUGAUCCAAAUAAAGCACUUGAUCCAGGUCUGGUAUAUGAUACACCUCCACAAGACUAUGUGAAUGUGAUGUGCUACAUGAAUUAUACAAAGAAGCAAAUCUUAACCAUCACGAGGUCAAAUCGCUACAAUUGCUCAAAGCCCUCCCCUGACCUAAAUUACCCAUCAUUUAUUGCAUUUUACAAUAACAAAUCAACAACAAUGGUUCAAACAUUUCAGAGGACUCUUACUAAUGUGGGAGAUGGUAUGGCAACUUACUAUGCUAAGGUCAUGGCACCAACAGGCUCUAAAGUAAGAAUCUCACCAAGGAUGUUGAUUUUUAAUGGGAAGUACGACCGGAAGAGUUAUACUUUGAGUAUAGAGCGUAAGAGUAAUUUGAAUGGUACCAUGACAUAUGGAUCACUUGUUUGGAUUGAAGAUAGCGGAACACGUAUGGUGCGGAGUCCAAUCGUGCUGUCACGUGAGGUACAUUUUAACUACACAACUCCACCUUUCAAAUAAGAGUAAAGAUAUAAAAAUAAAAUAUUUAUAAUAAUUAUGUUUCCAUUAUUUUAAAAACACCAAUCCUUUCUUGGCCUAGAAAUUCUGGUUACACAUCAUUAUCCUUUAAAUAAUUGAUUGUAACAUUGUGGGGGAAUAUUCGUGGCAUGUUAGUCGGCUACAAAUUUAAAAUAUAUAAACAACUCUUUUGGUUUAUGGUCUUUUUCGCAAGUGGGCCAUGUAACAUGUGAUAUUGGUUUGUUUACUUUUUUAUGUGUAAGCUUUGUAUUUAUUUAUUUGUUUUCCUGUAAUUUUUGUCUGGCAUCAAUAAGGUCCUUAUCCCUCGCUUCGACUCUUUUUAA